CUAUUUCUAAUUCGUCGAUUUCGAAUUUUUGUGUUAUCGUGCAAUCUAUUAUGAAAAUGCAAUUUGAAAGUUUAACCUAAAACUGUGAUAUACAAAUGCAGUAGAGAUGUAAUAUUUCCAUCAUAAUAUGCAUACGUCACAUUAUGACUCUGGAGUAUCUAUAUACUUACAUACUACUGCUAUGCUACUCCAGGAAGUAAAGGUCAAAGUAACGUUAUGCAUAGCAGUAUUAAUGUAUGAUCUACUACGUAUUUAAUAAACUUUAUUAACAGGACUGUCAACGUAUUUGUUUUCUUGUGUUAAAAAAACUGAAUCAUACGUAAUUCAUAACUACAGCGGACACAAGUAGGAAAGAAGAUGAUACGUGCUAUGUUAAAAUGGAAUGGCGUGCCAACAUAUGUAAUUACAGAAGGAUGUUGGGUUGAGGAAGGUCUUUCAAUGUGUGGUAAAAAAGAUGUAGUAAUUAUUAUACCAGGUAAUCCUGGCAUUCCAGAAUUUUACGAAGGAUUUAUAAAAUCUCUCAAGACAAGACUUCCUACUGAAACACCUGUUUGGGUAGUUGGACACGCAGGACAUGUACAACCGCCAAACAAUUUGCUAAUGACCAUGCCAAGCGAUUCAAAUUGGAACGAACAUUAUAGUUUAAUGGCUCAACUGGAACACAAGAAAGAGUUUAUACAAAAAUAUGUGCCAGAAGAUGCAAAGGUACAUCUUAUUGGUCAUUCAAUAGGAUGUUGGAUGAUUUUAAACAUAUUGAAAGAUAAUUCUAUUUCUAAAAGAGUAGCGCAAUGUUAUUUGCUAUUUCCAACCAUAGAACAUAUGGCUACAACUCGUAAUGGAUUGUUUUUCACCCAAGUAGUAUCGCGUAUUGCAUUUAUCCUAGUUUUUCUUUGUUGGUUACUAUCAUGUAUACCAGUUUUACAAAUUUUUCUGAUCAGCAUUUAUACUUUGCUGCAUGGAAUUCCCGCAAAGCAUAAGAAGCCAAUUCAGCAACUUCUAAACCCACGCAACUUAAAAAAUGUACUCAGAAUGGCAGAUGAAGAAAUGAAAGUUGUUAAAGAAAGAGACGAUAUUACACUUGCACAAUAUGCUGAUAAGCUAUGGUUCUACUAUGGCAAUUGCGAUGGUUGGGCUCCAGUUAAAUUUUAUAAAGACAUGAAGACCGUACAUCCCAAUAUGAAAGCGGAGCUUUGUAAGCAUGGUUAUUAUCAUAGUUUUGUUUUACAGCAUGAUAAGGAACUUGGUCAAAUUGUUGGAGAUUUAAUUAAUGAAAGCAUAUCUUAAAGCUAAAUAAUAAACAAUAUUUAUAGUA